UAAAAGACGGUUUUGCGUAGCACCAAACACACCCUUUGCAUUGCAGCUAUAUAAUCUCUUUCUGCAACCUCUCUCUCUUCCAUGCUCUAACGGUUUUUCUCUUUCUACAAACUUGAAGUUGGAGCUUCUCUUCCUUUCUCUUAAGAACGACGGUCUCAUCCGAUGACUAACAUCAUUCCGAGUGGCGGCGGCGGCGGAAGCGGCGGCCAGAAUGAAUCACUUGCUGAGCGGCAAUCAAAAAUCAAUGCUGCAUGUUCUUCGCUGGUGGAAAUUGGUUUCGAUCCUGCGCUGUUUACCCUCAACAUGAUCCAGCACCAAGGGUUAACGGAAACUGAGUUCCUAGAGAUGAUGGAGCCAUUUUCUUCCAUAAAAAAUCUCGCCGAAUUAAGAUCCCUCUUCGACGCAGAUCGUGAAUCGUUGGUUGGUUCAUUUACCGAUGAUUUCUCAAAGUUCAUUGCCUUUGUGAAUUGGGUAAGAGGUAAAAAGGGUAAGAAGAGUUUUGAUGAUGUGUCAAGAAACAAGACUCCAAAAGGGAAUAAGGAAUUCUCAAAAGCUGAUGUUGAAUUAGCACAGAUGCUGGUUGAUUAUGGCGCUGCUCGUACGCUAGAGUACAAGCUCAUUCAGAGUCAGAUUGAGAAAUUAAAGAAGCGACAAAUGGAGCUGGAGGCUGAAUAUCUAUGCAUUGCUCUUGAUUUGAAGAAUAAGGUAGGUCCUCUCACCACGUACACAAAGAUUCCCAUCAGAUUGUUGAGAGUUCAUGCUCAUAAGCUUUAUCUCGACGAUUGUACAAUUAAGGGUAAACCUGCCAUCCCGAUAACUGAUGAGAUGGGGUUCGUGAAAGCUGUGGACGAGUUUGGAGAACUUGCUAGAAAGAAUCACUUUCUUAAGUUUUUGAAUGAUCCUAUUAGGAAAGAAACCAUUGAAAACUUCUUCAAGCAUAUGAUUUUGAGGAUGAAGGGUGGUUGUCAGAGAUUGGUGUUGGGUGAUUCUGGUGAGCCUUCUAAUGAAACUGAGAAUACUGUUGUUCAUAAGUUUGCUUCAGAUUUCUUAAAGGAAAUUUCUGAUGAUGAGGCAAAUUCAAAGAGAAAGGGAAUUUCUGAUGAUGAGGCAGAAUCAUCGAGAAAGAGGGUGCGAAUGGGAAAGCAACCUAUGGAAGAAGGAGAGCAUGGUGGAGACUGAUGAAAAAGUCUAAUUGCAAACAAGUGGAUUCUUAUUGGGCCUAAAAUUAGUUUUAUUGGGCUUGUUAAAGAAUGCCCAAUAGUGAUAUCACAGUUACGAAUAGAUGUAGUAUAACAUGUGAAAUGUCCUUAAUAUAUAGUCUAUGAUUUGAGAAUUAGGAGUUUUUACCGGUUCAUGACCUAUAGUCUAUGAUUUGAGAAUUAGGAGUUUUUACCGGUUCAUGACCUAUAGUCUAUGAUUUGAGAAUUUCAAGUUGUUUACUUGUCGAUCAAUCAAAAUCGCUAGUUUGACUUUGU